GACCACUUCAGAGCUGUUUGCGUCUCAAAGGAUCAACAAAGUUCAACAAAGACAUUUCCAAGUCUUACAAAGGACUGCCCUGAAAUGCUACAAAGUGAAACAACUUUGAAAACCUACAACAGAGCGGAGAAAGAAGUCAUACACAGCAUUAUGGAAAUGACAAAUCAUUCGAAUUUCGAAUACAAUUUUGGGUGUAUGGCUUUGACUGUGGUUGAGAUGAAGUUAACAAACGGUUUUGUACCAAUCACCGCUCCAAAAGUGUCUAGUAAAACUCGGACAGUACAGACAUUGAUCCCAGUGGAGCCUUUCCAAAAUGUCUCUGCGGCCGAGCAGAAAGUUGGAAUAGUUAUUUACAAUUCCAAUCAGCAGUUUAAUCCGAGAAAUGCUUCUAUAAUGUCUGAAGUCAUACGGGUUGAAGUUAUUGGACGUGACAUUGUGAAUUUGACCAAUCCACUUAAAAUAUUUUUCCCAGUGAAUAAUUACACAAACCACUCGACCAAAAGCUACAUAUAUUCCUGUCAAUACUAUGAUGAAAAAGGAAACAACACCUGGAAAACGAAUGGCUGUAACACCACUCAGAUCAAUGAUACUGUUGUGGAGUGCUCCUGUGACCACAUGACCGCUUUUGCUGUGCUUCUGGUAGAUGUGAAUAACAUUGAUGGUCAGCAAUGGGAAAUCUUGUCGUACAUCAGCUACGUAGGCUGCAGUCUGUCUGCGGUCUUUUCUGCUUCCUCUAUCUUGUCGUUCAUUUUCAACAGGAACGCAAGAGCAGAAGUGUCCAGCAGCAUUCACGUGUCUCUGAGCGGCGCUCUGUUGCUCCUCAACAUGAGCUUCAUGCUCAACGAGUGGGCCGCUACAUGGACAGUGGAAGAAGUGUGUGUGUUUAUUGCUGUGACGAUACACUACAGCCUGCUGUGUUCUUUCACCUGGAUGGCUAUUGAAGCCUUGCACCUCUACCUUCUUCUGGCCAAAGUCUUCAACAUUUACAUCAAAUACUACAUGGUGAAGUUGUCUCUGAUCGGAUGGGGAGUCCCUGCUGUCCUUGUUGGAAGUUUGAUGUCAGUUCAGCAACUCACCCAUCCAUUCUAUGGUGCCAAAUAUGUGACCUUAUGGAAUUCAAAUGCAACAAAUCCAGUUUGCUGGAUCACAGAGCCUCUCGUCCUGUAUGGUGUGAACCUUUCCUACUUCACCAUCGUAUUCCUGUUCAACACAACAGUUCUAAUCACAGUGUCCAGACAGAUCUUUAAGCUAAAGAAAGUAGACAACAAGCACAAGAAAAUACCAGUGAAGGAUGCCAGUACAGUGCUGGGCCUCAUGUGUCUGCUGGGUACAUCAUGGGGUUUGGUUUUUCUUGGAUCUGGAUACACCAGCUACCCGAUACUCUACAUAUUCUGCAUUUCAAACACAAUGCAAGGCUUUUCUAUCUUUCUGUGGAUGUGUCAGACAGCAAGGCCAGAACAACAGAAAGCAGCUCAUACCAAGUCUUUAUCCACUGUGGACACCUUCACUAUUGAAAAACACAAGGAACCAAAAUGACCAGGCUCAUGAUGAGUUGAACAGUUUUUUUAUUAUUAUUAUUUAUUUAAAAACAAUCUCUCUUUUUUCCCCAAGUUAAUUUGGUGCCUCUAGAGGUGAAACAAUUCCACACUGGCUGUGUAUGAAAUCACCUCUACACCCUUAUCCACCUUAUUCUGCAAUGUGCAAGUAAGCUGUUUUCUUUGAAUAUGUGAUUCAUUAGCCGCUAUAGGUAAAUAACUAGAAGAAUAAGUGCAGUAAACGGUACGGUAAAACAUUAUGGUAAUGAAUUAAAAUACUAUAUCAAAAUACCAGAUUGCAAUGUCAAGCAGCAUAACGGACCGUUUUUGUAGGGGUAAAAUAACUGGAAGCGAAUAACACUGGAAGGCUUGCGAAUUCAAGCUAACCCUAACCCAAAAUAAAAUGUCCAUAUACUACAGAUUCGGAUGCAACUUCACUGUCUGAGUUCACUACUUGUUUUCAUUUACUCACUGAAGUGGACUAAUGUUGGGAAUAGUGAAUGAGGGUAUUGGGGGCAAUUUCAGAUACUACUUGUUCUCAAUCUGUGAUUUACUUUCGUCUGCAGAAUACAAUGUGUAAACUGUUUUGUGUAUAUAAUAUAAAAAAAUAUUGGGGGCAAAAUCUUGAACUUUAGAGAGGUUUCACUAUAUUUACUGUACAGAUGCACAGUGCUAAGUAUUUCCUUUGUAUGAUUCAUAUUAAAUCAGAAGACAUGUAAUGGGUAACUUAUCUUUUUUCCCCUAUUCUGUACAUUUAUUUAAAUUGCAUGUUUCAUUGAGUGUUUCAUUUAGAAGUUAUAAAUUGUAAUACAUUGCUAUACAUUUAAUAACAUUUAGCAAUAAA